AUGACACCUACACAACUCCCCACCUGGACCCAUCCUGUAGCCGAGGCCGUCGACGACGCACCCCUCCCACCCCCAGCCGAAGUCAAGGACAGCAUCCCGCCCUUCCACCUCCACGGCGAGCGCAACUGCGGCGACCACGUUCACGACCCCAACAGCCCGUCUUACUUCGUCCGCUACCUGGCUCUACACGGCAGGGACCUCUCCUCAUCCUGGACCAUGUCCUGCACCAACUGCCAUGCCCGCACGACGCUCAACCGCCUGCACGACCUGCCCUGCGGCGACCUCAUCUGCCGCGGCUGUCUACUCGUCAAAGUGCUGACGGUCAAACUCAGCAUCGAGCGCAACCGCGACAAGCUCCACGACGUGCGCAUGCAGCUGGUGGACAACCACAACGCCCUGUUCUACCCUCCCUCCGAGCAGCCGCUGAAUGCGCGCGAUAAGAGGAUGCUCCUCCGCCGGGACGCCCAACUCAGACAGAGCAUGGCCCGCCUGGCCGGGUUCACGUGCUGCGGUACGAACAUGCAGCUGGGGCGGUUCCUGGCGUGCAUGGGCGCUACUGCGUCGAGGGAGCUGUGGCUUGCGAUGCGGUGGAUGGCGGACGAUCCAAAGGCGCAUAGGGCGUGUGCCUGGCCCGACUGUGGUGCGUACUUGCCUGUGUGCUGCAGGUAUGUGGUGCCGGGGGAGGCCGGUCGGCGAUGGUACUGUGUUACGUGCCAGGGCAACUCGAUGGAUUGCGCUAGGACCUGGCCUGCGGCGCCGAAUGUGUUUCCGUAUCUGCCUAGGGGCCAGCCUGCUUUGACGCCGUGCAGGUAG